UGGGGUGGGGCAGGAUGCUGGAUGGCCCGUUAUUCUCCGAGGGGCCCGACAGCCCCCGGGAGCUCCAGGAUGAGGAGUCGGGCAGCUGCCUCUGGGUGCAGAAGUCCAAGCUGUUGGUGAUUGAAGUGAAGACUAUUUCCUGUCAUUAUAGUCGUCGCGCCCCUUCUCGACAGUCCAUGGACAUCCAGGCCAGCUACUGGGCCCGUGGGCCCCAGAGCCGCACGUGUAGGCUGCGCCCGGGAUCCCCUGAGCCGCCACCCCGCCGACCCUGGGCCACCAGGGUGCUGCAGGAGGCAACCAACUGGCGGGCGGGGCCCCUCGCCGAGGUCCGAGCCCGAGAACAAGAGAAAAGGAAGGCGGCGUCGCAGGAGCGGGAGGCCAAGGAGACCGAGAGAAAAAGGCGCAAGGCUGGCGGGGCCCGACGGAGCCCCCUAGGUCAGCCCCGCCCAGAACCCCGGAACGCCCUUCGGGCGGCCCAACCAACAGGGUUCCCAGUUUUCUCCAGACCAGAGCGCUUCGGACCGGUGGGGCGAGCGCCCCGUCCAUCCGCGCUCCAGCAGAGUGACCCAGGGGUGGCAUGGGCAGGGCCAUGGGGAGGUAGGAGACCAGGGCCCCCUAGCUACGAGGCUCACCUGAUGCUGAGAGGUGCUGCAGGCACAGCCCCAAGACGCCGGUGGGACCGGCCGCCACCCUAUGUGGCUCCACCUUCUUAUGAAGGCCCUCACAGAACCCUGGGGACUAAACGAGGCCCAGAGCUCUCCCGGGCGCCCACCUCAUCAGCCCCAGUUCCAGCCACGGCCAGGACAGAGGGAGGGCGAACGAAGAAGAGGCUGGAUCCUCGAAUCUACCGGGAUGUUCUAGGGGCUUGGGGUCUCAGACAGGGACGGGGACUCUUAGGAGGAGCUCCAGGCUGUGCAGCAGCCAGAGCCAGGCCAGAGUCCUUCAAAGGGGCGAUAGAAAGAAGCUCGGGCCUAGCUGCUGCUGGCCUGAACAGUGGUGGUGACGGCCAUCCCCAAAUCAAAGCGACUGGCAGUCCAGACACCGAGGCAGCUCCCGCUGGGUCUAAGAUCCGCAGCCCGCCAUGUCCUGCUCCUAGGUCCAGGCAGCACCUCAAGGGCUCCAGGGAAGGGAAAGAAGGAAGUGAACAUGUCUGGCUUCCUAAGUGUUGGCUUUCCUCCCUUAAAAAGCCUCUAGUUAGGCAUAGCCAGACUCUCCCCAGACCUUGGGCUCCUGGAGGCACCGGGUGGAGGGAAUCCCUUGGUCAAAGAGAGGGGACAGAACAUGAGACCCUGGAAGUUUGGAAGGCGACCCGCCGCGCCCACACCCUGCCCCGCAGUUCCCGAGGCCCCUCUCGUAGAGAAGGCAUCUUUGUCAUCGAUGCCACGUGCGUGGUGAUAAAGUCCCAGUAUGUUCCGACCCCUCGAACCCAGCAGGUGCAGCGCUUGCCCUCUGGGGAGCCAAGCAUUGUGAGCAACAGCCCCAGGCAACCCAAGCCCUGCCACGAGGAGGGUGAGGGGGUCACUGCCAAUCCCUCAGCUUGCCAAAAGCUACCGUUGAGCAUCUCAAACCAGGCGGGUGGGGGUCGCGAGUGCGAAGCUGAGAGAGGACAGCAGGGGGAUUCUUCUCUGGAGGACCGCACCUCCCGCACUUUAGGGUUCCCUGUCGGCGAAGUGACCCUACGAGACGUCGUCCCCACGCAGCCAGGCAGCCCUGAGCAUCCGACCUUAGGCCCAGCGGCUCCGGGAUGCGCGGGCAUCUUGAAGGGCUCAGAAGCGGCUGGGGUCCUGCGGCGCGCGGGCGGGGGCUGGGCGCGGACUCCUGGACCCUACGCAGGGGCGUUGCGGGAAGCCGUGUCCCGCAUCCGCCGCCACACUGCCCCGGAUUCGGACUCAGACGAAGCUGAGGAGCUCAGCGUCCACAGUGGCUCCUCUGAUGGAAGCGACACAGACGCCCCAGGCGCCUCCUGGCGGAAUGAGAGGACCCUGCCUGCGGUUGGAAACACCCGGCCCAGGGAAGGCGGGAAGACAGCUGAGCCCAGCGACAGUAUCCGGGAGGUUCUAGAUGUCUAGUCAAACCGAGGAAGGCCUCUUCGGAGAGGACACCAGGAAAACGCCGCAGGGGAAAAGAGAGAGAGAGUGAGCGAUGCCCCUUUUGUUCUCCUGUGGCUCGGCCCAUCCUUGGGCUCACCUUUCUCCUUUACUCUCUACAGGCUUCCCUUUUUCUUCUUUCCCCACCUAUACCUGUUCCCACACUUGAAACAGAGGAAAGGAAAGGAGAGAGACGCCAGGCAGCACUCGCCAAUUCAAGGAUUAGCUUCAGGGGAGAUGAGGGUAGGAUUCGACCUCUGCUACAAUCAGCGCUUCCCAGAACUGAGCAGAGGCAGUCUUAGUCAGGUCAGGGUCCCUGGCAGGAGAAAAUAAAAAAAGUAAUGAAGAGGCCUUGAACCUAGUGACUGAGUGAUCAGGUGACGGGGGAGAGGGGGCGGCUUUGGGCAGAGAAGGAAUGGAUGCAUAUACAACCAGCAAACUGGAAAGAGGGCUCAAGUUUCAGUUCCUACUCUGCCACUGACUUGCCGGUGGACCUUAGACUAACCGUGUUUGCACCAUUUGCCCGCAAGCAUCCGGAUUCCUGCAAAUGUAAAAUGAGCGAUCUCUGCCACCCAUUCUUCCUUCCCUGGAAUUUUGGGAACAAAUGAAUAGAAUUUGAGUCAAGGUUUUCAGAUUUAAAUGGACAAAGGGCUUCUAUCCCAAUCUCCCAACUUUAGGUGAGUGCUUCCCGAGGCAGAGCAGGAUGAUGGCCCUACCACUGCGUCUGGCCUGUGGUGGGUCAAGUUGGAGAGGGAAGGCAGUCAAUGAAUCAGCUUGGGACAUUUUUAGGCCUUCCCCUUUUCCUCCAUCUCCGUGUCCUCAGUGAUGCUCUGAAAUGUUGCCGGGAUUCCCCACGCAGGCGGUAUCGCCCACCUGAUGGGACCCCCGACAAUGUCUGCAUCUCUCCUAGAAAAGCCAGGCAAGGAGGAAGGCUGGUCUUCAGCAGUCGGUGUGGGGUGUGAUACUCGCUGGAGCCACUACGGGGCGCGCGCAGGUCGCGGAUUCCCCCGGUUGCUGGUGCUCGAGUGCCCCUACACCAGCACUGCCAGUUAUCUGGAUCCCCAGUUACCGGGCGCCGGUUUCCCGCCUUGACACCUCCAAGCCGCCGCGCGCGGGGCCGGGAGCAGGCCUCCGGUCUCCCAGACCUCUGGGGCGCGCCGAGCCCUUCUUUGUAUUGACCCCACGCCAACAAGCUUAAGACUGACGUUUACGUCUUUUUUUUUUUUUCCCUCUCCAAUCCUGGGCACUUCCUCUGUGUCUGCCAUUUACUAGCCAUGUGACCUUUGGCCAAAUCACUUCACCUCCCUGAGCCUCAGUUUCCUCAUCUGUCAAAUGGGGGUUUAUAAACACCUACCUCGCAGGGUUGUUGUGAGGAUUUAAUGCGGUAAUGUAUAUAAGGCGCCUUGUACAGUGCCUGGCACAUAGUAGGCGCCCAAUAAAACUACUCUUCCCUUUA